AUGGUGGAUGUGUGUGUUUGUCUGUGCGAAUCGACGACACCUGGAGAAGAAGAAUUGGUGAACGUGACAGACAAACUGGGAGUAGUGGUGGGUCAGCAGACACGCAGAAGGAGGCGAACGACCACACUCGCAACACUCGGCGAAUCGACGACACCUGGAGAAGAAGAAUUGGUGAACGUGACAGACAAACUGGGAGUAGUGGUGGGUCAGCAGACACGCAGAAGGAGGCGAACGACCACACUCGCAACACUCGGCGAAUCGACGACACCUGGAGAAGAAGAAUUGGUGAACGUGACAGACAAACUGGGAGUAGUGGUGGGUCAGCAGACACGCAGAAGGAGGCGAACGACCACACUCGCAACACUCGGCGAAUCGACGACACCUGGAGAAGAAGAAUUGGUGAACGUGACAGACAAACUGGGAGUAGUGGUGGGUCAGCAGACACGCAGAAGGAGGCGAACGACCACACUCGCAACACUCGGCGAAUCGACGACACCUGGAGAAGAAGAAUUGGUGAACGUGACAGACAAACUGGGAGUAGUGGUGGGUCAGCAGACACGCAGAAGGAGGCGAACGACCACACUCGCAACACUCGGCGAAUCGACGACACCUGGAGAAGAAGAAUUGGUGAACGUGACAGACAAACUGGGAGUAGUGGUGGGUCAGCAGACACGCAGAAGGAGGCGAACGACCACACUCGCAACACUCGGCGAAUCGACGACACCUGGAGAAGAAGAAUUGGUGAACGUGACAGACAAACUGGGAGUAGUGGUGGGUCAGCAGACACGCAGAAGGAGGCGAACGACCACACUCGCAACACUCGGCGAAUCGACGACACCUGGAGAAGAAGAAUUGGUGAACGUGACAGACAAACUGGGAGUAGUGGUGGGUCAGCAGACACGCAGAAGGAGGCGAACGACCACACUCGCAACACUCGGCGAAUCGACGACACCUGGAGAAGAAGAAUUGGUGAACGUGACAGACAAACUGGGAGUAGUGGUGGGUCAGCAGACACGCAGAAGGAGGCGAACGACCACACUCGCAACACUCGGCGAAUCGACGACACCUGGAGAAGAAGAAUUGGUGAACGUGACAGACAAACUGGGAGUAGUGGUGGGUCAGCAGACACGCAGAAGGAGGCGAACGACCACACUCGCAACACUCGGCGAAUCGACGACACCUGGAGAAGAAGAAUUGGUGAACGUGACAGACAAACUGGGAGUAGUGGUGGGUCAGCAGACACGCAGAAGGAGGCGAACGACCACACUCGCAACACUCGGCGAAUCGACGACACCUGGAGAAGAAGAAUUGGUGAACGUGACAGACAAACUGGGAGUAGUGGUGGGUCAGCAGACACGCAGAAGGAGGCGAACGACCACACUCGCAACACUCGGCGAAUCGACGACACCUGGAGAAGAAGAAUUGGUGAACGUGACAGACAAACUGGGAGUAGUGGUGGGUCAGCAGACACGCAGAAGGAGGCGAACGACCACACUCGCAACACUCGGUAA